AUGAGUGUCCUGACACCACCCAGACUCCUAGACCUGGCUGGAAUGCACCUGGUCAGGGAAGAUGCCUUGGUCUGUUCUGCUCUGGAGUUUCUGUCCACGGAGCUCUUCCCAUCCCUCUUCAUGGACGCCUUCCAUGGGAGACACAUCAAGACCCUAAAGGCCAUGGUGCAAGCCUGGCCCUUUGUCUGCCUGCGUCUGGGGGGCCUCAUUGACCUGCCUCAUGUGGGGCCACUACAAGCAGUCCUGGAAGCACUUGAUGUCCUACUUGUCCAGAAGGUUCGUUCCAGAGCUCCAGGACCCAUCAUCCCUUGGCUCCCCCUGAAGAUAUACAUAGAGCUUUGCCUGAAGAAAAUGACCCUGGAUAACUUCCUUACCUACCUCCUCAGGUGGAUGGAGCAGAGAAAAGCUUCCAUUCACCUCUGCUGUAAGAAGCUGACCAUCUUUGCGAUGCCUGUGGAAAAUGUCAUGAAGGUCCUAAAUAUGGUGCAGCUGGACUGCAUGCAGGAGGUGCAAGUGAAUUGGAUUUGGCAUCUGUCCACGCUGGCCAAGUUUGCUCCUCUCCUGGGUCAGAUGAGCAACGUGCGGAGACUCCUUCUCUCCCGCAUUCACAUGUCUGCCCUUGAGAAGCAGGAGCAGCAAGUUGUCCUAUUUACCUCUAAGUUUCUCAAGCUGUACCAUCUCCAGGAUCUCUAUCUAGAUUCUCCCUCCUUCCUUGAAGGCUGCCUGGACCAGAUGCUCAGAUUUCUGAGGACCCUCUUGGAUCACCUGGCAAUAACUAACUGCCAGCUUACAGAAUCAGACCUGACCCACCUGUCCCAGUGCUUGAACAUCCGUCAGCUCAAAGGCCUGGAUCUGAGUGGGGUCACCAUGACUGACUUUAGUCCUAAGAUCCUCCACAUUCUUCUGGAGCAAGUUGCAGCCACCCUCCAGGAACUGAACUUAGAGCAGUGUAGGAUCACAGAGUCCCAACUUAAAUCCAUCCUGCCUGUCCUGAGCUGCUGUUCCCAGCUCAGGACCUUCAGUCUGUGCGGGAAUGUCCUCUCUAUGGCCAUCAUGGAGAAGCUGCUGAGUCACAUCACUGGGCUGAUCAACCAUAGCUUUGUAUGA